AAUAACUUCAAGCAGCAUAAUAAUCUUUUAGGUUAUAUCAGCUGGUGUUUUAUUAAAACCGAGUUCAUUAGCGACUCUCAGUAAAAUCUAUCAAAGGAAGACCAACCAUGUCAGGGUUAUUUGAACAGAUCAAAUUGCUGUACGAUCAAUCAUUGUACUCCAAUGUGAUCUCCCUAACAAACCUAGUGCUUUCCCUUAGCGAGCACAAUGCCGAGCUAUUUCCCGGCUACAACAAGUUCCAUGUGUAUGUCUAUUAUGCAGAUGCUCAUUUUCACUUGGGCAAAUAUCGCAGGGCAGAGACCCUUUAUAAGAAAGCUCUACAGUUCCGUAAAUGUUUACUCAAGUCAAAGGGCACAGGAAAGCCCCUGUUGGAUAGACAGAAAGAUCUGCCAUCAGAUGUCAAUGUCAAAUAUCAGAUUCAUUUGUGCUUAGUGAAGUCUAAGAACCCACAGGAAGCACUACAAGUGUUACAAAGUAUACCUGGCAAACAACGUACUGCCAAGGUAAACAUGGCUUUGGCCAAAAUGUUCCACGAGCAAGGAAUGGAACGGUCUGCUAUCACUACGUAUAAAGAAGUUCUAAAGGAGUGUCCAUUGGCUUUGGAGGCAGCUGAAGGACUUCUCUCCUUAGGUGUAAAGGGUACAGAAGUUAACUCUCUGAUUGUCAGCUCUGGUUCAAUGAACUUGGAAUGGUUAAACUCAUGGAUUAAGGCACAUGCUCAUAUUCAUAAUAGAGAAUAUGCACAUGCUGUAUCAACGUUGAGAUCAUUGGACAAUGUUUUACUCAGAGAUAAUUUCAACCUAUUGACAAUCAUGGGAGAAUGUUAUUAUUAUGCUGGCGAUGAUAAAAAUGCUCUAUUAUGCUUGAGACGCGCCCGGGGUUUUGAGCCAGAUAUAACAAAAGGGGUGGAUGUAUAUGCUGCUGUGCUAUACAAUAUGCAGCAUUACAAGGAUUUAGAACGGUUAAUACCACAAAUUACUGCCAACAACGAAUGCACCAGUGAGAUUUAUGUGGCUAUGGCGUACUCUCUGUAUGCAGCAAGGAAAUUCAGUAGAGCUCAUACUCUCACCGCUCAGGCAUUCAAUCUGAAUUCCAACGACAUAGAAGCCACCAUAUUACGUGGCAACAUCCUCAUCGAGCAGAAAAAGUACCAGGACGCGUUGUUCUUCUUCAGGCACGCGGUGCAGCUGAAACCUUACAGAUUCGAGCCACAUAAGGGCCUGGUGGACUGUCUAGUUGGGAUGCAUCGGUUGAGGGAAGCAUUGAAUAUCGCCAGCAGCUCUUGCAAACAGCUAGGACAUACUGCCAGAGUCCUGACAUUGUACGCGUCCGUGCUAAUGAAGGACCCUGUGUCUGUGGGUAAGGCCAAGAAUCUUCUUCAGAAGGCGUUAACUCAAGAUGAAGUUUACCUAACCGCGGUGUUUUAUCUCGCGGAGAUAUACGAGCAAGAGAUGAAUUUCGAAGCAGCCAUCAAAUUACUCGAGAGACAAGUGGAGAUCCAGUCCACCUGUAGGCUUCAUCAAACCUUGGGAGACUUGUGGGCCAGAGUGCACAAUGAGGAGAAAGCUUUGGAUCAUUAUGCCAUAGCUUUGAACUUAGAUCCGAGCAACAGAAAAGCUUUGGAAGGAAUGCAUAGACUUGACAAUUCCUCCAGUAAACUCGACUCUGCUUACUAUAUGUCUGUCGGUGAAGAGCAAGCUGAUACGAGUUACGACGUCGGCGACGGUUUGCCGGACACGGACAACGACGAGGCGCCCGAAGAAAGCGAGACUGAAGCCAUUUGGUCGGAUAUGGACUUGGAAGCAAACAGCCAGUAGUUAUCCCUAUCCUUGUUCAUAUACAGGGUGUCUCAGAACUUUGGCACACGGGCUUCGUAAGGACAUAGAGCUAAGUGAGAGGAACAAAAGAGUCCUCCAGACCAAAAGAGAACCAAAAGAGGCCAUAAUGUGAAAAUCGUAAUAGUUUUUUUAAUUAUAACAGCGCAAAGUUAGGUGUUUUCCACGCCCAGCGCGGCCUAUAGCCGCUUCGCUGCAAGUUGUGUGCGUAGGGGCUGAGCGAUAACGCGGCUCGCGCUGACCAUCGCGCGGCGUCA